CGUACGGUUCGAGGCCCGACAAAUGAGCACGACUUGUUCGGUCGCAGCUCCAAGACCUCGAAAUUUGACUCGUGCAAGUGCCUCCGGGGACACUUGUUCUCUCCUGGGCGUGUGGGAAGAGCUCAUAGUGGCGACGUGUCCUCACAGCACUCAAAAGCAUCCACGUAUGGGCUUAAAAGAAUGACAGGCGUGAACGGCCGCAACGGGCGUCACGGAGAUCAUGUUUGUUUAUAUAGCAGGGGAUAAGCUCAAAAGGCCUUAAGCGGCUUUAUGUUGUUCGGGUUCCUCUUCUAAAGUGUCCGGUUGGAAAAAGCUGGGUUUCAGAGCCUCCAUUUAUGCUAAGGAAGUGGUUUUGUUUCACUGUUUUCUCUGGUUUUUCUUCUUUCAGAAAAGAUAGGAAGUUUGAAAGAAAGGGAGGUCACUAUGAAGGUGUGUUCUUGUUUCUCUCUAUGCUUAAAUGAAUUUGUUGUAAGGAGUCUUGGUAAACACAUUCAUUGUUUUAUUUUGAAAAGAUCACAAAAAUUGAUUGAUUACUCGUUCACCGUUUACUUGGAGGUUCAUGAGACUAGGUCCCAGACCCAUGCCCAAUCUUCUACCGAGGAAGAAGGGAAGGUAGGGACAAGGAAGCAGAAGGCAGAGAACGAAGGACAAGAAAGUGAGCAACAGGCAUCUAAGAACAAGAAGGCAAAGGUGACGAAUGACGAGAAUGGGGAUGCAAAUGGAAAAUCUGCAGCUGAUGUUGCUGCCGAGUUUGAGGAGUUCUGCAAGGCCACGAGAGAGCACCUUUCCAUUGAAGAGAUGCGUAGGAUCCUUGAGGCUAAUGGCCAAGAUUCUUCUGGUUCUGAUGAUGCCAUCGUCCGCAGAUGCCAAGAUAUGAUGUUUUAUGGGCCUCCGGAGAGAUGCCCGCUCUGCAACGGCCAGCUUGAGUGCACAGGGAGCAACUAUUCAUGCAGAGGUGCUUACAGUGAAUGGACUACUUGCACAUACGCUACAAGAGACUCGCCAAGGAAAGAGCAGUCCGUGAAAGUUCCUGAGGGGAUUGGGGACGCCAUGGUACAGGAGUGGGUUAAUAAGCAAGACUCAAGGACCCGUCAUCAGCGGGAGUUGACUCCAUUGGAUAAGCCUCUGGCUGGCACGAUGAUAUCCCUCUCCGGGCGGCUCUCUCGAACCCAUCAAUACUGGAGGGAGGAAAUUGAGAAGCAUGGAGGAAAGGUAUCUAACACUGUUCCAGGUGUUACUUGCCUAGUCGUGUCCCCUGCUGAACGAGAGAGGGGUGGUUCAUCUAAGGUGAUAGAAGCAAUGGAGAGGAGCAUUCCUGUGGUGAGAGAAGCCUGGCUGAUCGACAGCAUUCAGAAACAUGCAGCUCAACCCUUGGAUGCUUAUGAUGCUCUUUCUGAUCUUGCUCCAGAAGGGAGGGGAAUUCCAUGGGACGAACGGGAACCUAGCGAAGAGGCUCUCGAGUCUUUAACAGCAGAGCUCAAGCUCUAUGGCAAGAGAGGAGUCCACAAGGACUCUAGGUUGCAGGAGUCAGGUGGCUACAUAUUUGAGAAGGAUGGAAUUCUCUACAACUGUGCAUUUUCCAUUUGUGACCAGGGGAGAGGACUGAACGAAUAUUGCAUUACCCAGCUGAUCAUGGUGCCCGAGAAUCGCUUGCAUCUCUAUUUCAAGAAGGGACGAGUUGGAGAUGAUCCCAGAGCACAAGAGAGGGUGGAGGAAUGGAGCAUGGACGAUGCGGUGAAGGAGUUUGUUCGACUGUUUGAGGAGCUGACUGGCAAUGAAUUCGAGCCAUGGGAGAGAGAAAAGAAGUUUAAGAAAAAGCCUCGCAAGUUCUACCCCAUAGACAUGGAUGAUGGCUUUGAUGUGCGUUAUGGAGGUUUGGGUCUUCGUCAACUAGGAGUUGCAGCUGCUCACUGCAAGCUGGAAUCAUCGGUGGCGAACUUCAUGAAAGUGCUAUGCAGCCAGGAAAUCUACAGGUAUGCUCUGAUGGAAAUGGGACUGGACAGCCCAGAUCUUCCCAUGGGAAUGCUAUCCGAUGUCCAUCUAAAGAGAUGUGAGGAGGUGCUGUUCAAGUUUAGAGAGGAGCUCAGGUCGGCGGCGGAGUCAGGUCACAAGGCCAAUGCACUGUGGGUGGACUUCAGCAAUAAGUGGUUCACCCUAAUGCACUCUACUCGGCCAUUUAUAAUCAGAAAUCUGCAAGAACUUGCUGACCAUGCGGCUGCAGCACUGGAAACAGUAAGGGACAUCAAUGUCGCAUCGCGCCUUAUAGGGGACAUGACUGGAGCAACUGUCGACGACCCACUCUUUGACCGAUACAAGAAGAUAGGCUGUUCGAUCACUUCUUUGGACAAGGAAUCAGAUGAUUACAAGAUGAUCUUGAAGUAUUUGGAGAAGACAUAUGAGCCUGUCGAAGUCGGUGAUGUGAGCUAUGGGGUAUCUGUGGACAACAUAUUUGCUGUUGAGUCGAGUGCUGGCCCCUCGUAUGAUGACAUAAAAAAGCUACCAAACAAGGUCCUGCUGUGGUGUGGUACUAGGAGUUCCAAUCUACUCAGGCAUUUGCACAAAGGGCUCUUGCCGGCAAUUUGUUCAAUACCUGUGCCUGGCUACAUGUUUGGAAAAGCAAUUGUAUGCUCGGAUGCAGCAGCUGAGGCUGCAAGGUAUGGAUUCACAGCGAUAGACAGGCCAGAAGGGUUCUUGGUCUUAGCUGUUGCCUCUUUGGGGGAUCAGAUCACAGAGAUAUCUAAUGCACCUGAGGAUACGAAGGCCCUGGAGGAGGAGGCGGAGGUCGGUGUUAAAGGGCUGGGAAGGAAGAAACCUGAGGAAUCUGAGCAUUUUACUUGGAAAGAUGAUGUGAAGGUACCUUGCGGCCGCCUUGUUCCAUCCGAGUGCAAGGACAGCCCACUCGAGUACAAUGAAUAUGCCGUCUAUGAUCCUAAACAGGUGAGCAUAAGAUUUCUGGUGGGAGUGAGGUAUGAAGAGGAGAACAUGGAGAUGGAUGCUGCUGAAUAGAGACCUUUACCUUCAUUUUCCUGGCUGCUUGUAUGCCAAGUUGGUGACUUUUUUUUUUUUUUUUCUGGGGGGAGCCUUUUCUGCAGCAAAGCACCAGGACCAAUCCAAGUGGAUGACUUCAUGUAAGCGUGCAAAUAUAUGUAUAUUGCUUGCUUUCAUUUUCCCGAGGGCUUGUAUGCUAAGUUGGCGACUUUAAUUUCUGGGACUUGUUGUGGAAACUUUUCUGUAGCAAAACACCUCGGCUAAUCCAAGCACGACUUAAUAGAA